AGUGGUGGGGAGUCGAGCAGGGCAGUGCGGCUGGCAGGCCGGGAAAUAAAACGAAGGGAACUUCCAUUUUUCUUUCCUCCCGUCUCUAUUCUUCCCUUCUCGGUACUUUCUCCUUCUUUUCUGAAACGUUUUUGGACUAAGUUUUCUUCAGACCGUCUGACGGUCUGGGCUUGGCUUUUUUGGUUUUUUUCUUUUCACUUUUUCAAAGGGUUUUAUUUCCUUUUUUUUCUGAGUGUUGUGUGUGGCAAAAAUAGAGAAAAGUUACUGUCGAGCCCAGUAAUUCAGGCGCUCUGCAGGGAGGAGGGGGAGAAGGAAAAAGUUGCCUUUGUUGCUCGUGAGCUUUUGCCGCUUUGAUGUGACUGCGGGCAAGCGACUGCAGAGAAGGCCGGUGUGCGAGUGCCGGCAGCUCGGCUCCCCGCCUCCUCACGCCGGGAGGCUUGCGAGCGGCACGCGGCUCCGCUCCCCGCAGCCCCUCGGAGGCGGCUCGGGCUGUGCCGCGCCGCUCCGGUCCCUCCGCCGCGGCGGCGUGUGAGCACCCUCGCAGGGCUCUGCCCGGCCCCCGCCAGGCCGGGUUGCGCGGGGGCGGCUCCCGGCGGCCCCCUCCGACGGUUGCCAUGGUGCUGCGGCCCGGCGUGCUGUGGGCAGUGGCGGCGGCAACAGUGGCGCUGCUGGUCCGGUGGGCGGCGGCGGCGCUGGUGGGGCCGGUGGUCCGCUGCGAGCCUUGCGACGCGCGGGCGCUGCAGCAGUGCAAGCCCCUGCAAUCCGACUGCCCCGAACGGGUGCGGGAGCCGGGCUGUGGCUGCUGCCUCACCUGCGCUCUGCGCCCGGGGCAGCCCUGCGGCAUCUACACGGAGCGCUGCGGCGCGGGUCUUAGGUGUCAGCCGCGGCAGGGAGAGGCACGGCCGCUGCAGGCGUUGCUCGAGGGCCGCGGGCGCUGCACCAACGCUACGACGGGCGGCAAACUGCGGGCCUUCCUGCUGCCGGGACCGCACGGUGCAGGAAAUUUCAGUGAUUCAGAAGAAGACAGGAGUACCAGCAGCAUAGAAAAUCAGGCCAUUCCAAACUCUCACAGGGGGCCAGAUUCCAAGUUACAUCCACCACACAUCAAAAUAGAUAUCAUCAGGAAAGUGCAAGCCAAAGAUACACAACGCUAUAAAGUUGAAUAUGAUUCGCAGAGUAUGGAUACUUUGAAUUUCUCUUCUGAAUCGAAACAAGAAACUGAAUAUGGUCCAUGUCGUAGAGAAAUGGAAGACACUUUAAACCACCUAAAGAUCCUGAAUGUCUUGAGUCCCAGGGGCUUUCAUAUUCCAAAUUGUGACAAGAAGGGAUUCUACAAGAAAAAGCAAUGUCGCCCAUCCAAAGGCCGAAAAAGAGGUUAUUGCUGGUGCGUGGAUAAAUAUGGACAACCACUUCCUGGGUAUGAUGGGAAGGGAAAAGGAGAUGUACACUGCUAUAACUUGUAAAGCAAAUGAGGGCUGGAUGCCAUCUCCUUCGGCAUCUGUGCAUGGCCACUGGACCUCACAAGAGACCUUGGAGGGGCUCAGCGAACACUGUGGGACUGCACUGUGUGUGAAGUAACAAGCUCUGCCUCCUGCAGCAGAUGGGGAGUUGCAGUCUCGGUGGAUGCUGCUGCAGCUGCACCCUGCCACUGACACACAUUGAGUUUCCUAUGGAACGUGUAGGGAGCUCUGAAUUCUCAUGUAAACCUGCACUGUUGAUACCCAGAGAGAGAAAAACAAAAGGCACUUCAGAAUGGAAUCAGGGAGUCUCCACUGACUUUUUCAAGAAUGGCCUGUGACCAAUUUGAUCCCAAAAGAUACAGAUUUUUUUUUUAUUUUAAAGAAUUUAUAGACAUUAAGCUUGAAAAAGUAUUAAAAAGAAAAACAAAGCUGAAAAACACACAAAGAUUUAAAGGUAAAGCUUUUGUUACAGGUCUGAUGGGAAACUUGUCUUCACGGGUAAAAAGUUUUAUAAAAAUCUUGAAGAACUUUUUAAAGAAAUGUAUUUCUAAAAUAAAGGCAUGGCUAUUUUUUUUCUGUAAAAUAUAUUAUGAAUAUUCUGUUAGUCUAUAUUUAAUAUAAUUGGUUUUAAUAGAUUUUAUUUAAAUGUAACAUAUGAAUACCAAAUAUUACACAGUAAUUAUAGUGUAUAUGUCUGUAUGCAAAGAGAAAGUAAGUAUGGAAUGAUUCACAAAUAUGUAUAGAUCUGUAUGCAUACACCCAUGAUCUGUUCUAAGUAAGAGAAAUGAAUUUUUGGAGCAAAGGCAGUGUUUCCAGAAGGGACUGAGUUUUAUUAUGUGAUGUAACUACAAAUACCAAGAUAAUAAUUUUUAAAAAUUAUUUUAUUGAUAAUUCUAAUGUACCCAUCACUGAAUUAUGCCACUGGAAAGAAUAAUAGUCGCACUGAAGCUCUUGGUAAAGAUUUCUUCUGUCUGUAUAUUGCUUCAGUUUGUGCAAUAGGGCUUACAUUUCCUCCAUUUACUGCUCACACUAAUACAGAAUAUUCAUGGACAAAAAAAUGCCAUUAUAGUACUACUCUUUGUAUUUGGUUAUUUAUUUUGGAAAGGUGUAUUUAUUCUGUGUUGUCUUGGUACAUUCUACCAAAGCACUUACUCUGUAUGAGGAACUCCUGUUGAAAACAAUGUUGACAAGAUGGGAGGAUUGUGGACCCUGUGUGUUGAGACUCAUGCAUGUGUUGAGACUUCAUUUAUAUGACACACGAUUGUUGCUUGGUUUGACUAUGGUAGAAAUCAUUUGCCUGCAUCUAAGCAUAGAAAAAGAACCAUUGGGUUUAAAUAGUUUAACACACUGUCUGCCAUGGUGUUAUAUGUCUCUUUAAUUGGAGGAGAAGUAAUUUGGUUUUGUUGUGGUAUGUGAUGCUUUCACAUAAGGAAGGCUUUGGCAACUUUUUUUUUUUUUGAGGCUGAUUGUUUAAUAUACUUUGUGAAAAAUUCUGUAUGACAAUGAAAUCUGGAUAAAGAAAGGUGGCCUGUGAAAUGUAUCAUCUCUCUGGAAAAUAAUGCCAUAUUUUGUAUAUGUAUUUAUUUACAUAUUUUAUAUAAAUAUUUUAUAUAUUUAUAUAAAUAUAUAUUCUUAUAUGUCUCACUAUAAAUGUUUGAUGUCACUGUAGAUAAAAGAAGCCAUCAACACUGUAAUUUCUUGUUGGAUUGGGACCUCAAUGAAGACUAAGGACAGUGGGAUUUCAGCCAGUGGGGCUAGGUGUUGUGUUGAUGGAGGAGAGACUAUGGUGCUGAGGAGUGCAUUCCUCUCCCACUGCAUGAAUUACAACCAUCUUUGUUCCUGCUAGCAAUGGCAAAUGUCUAGAAACUUGGAUGUGGAAGGGUUUGGAUAUGCAGCUUGUUAGGAUUGGGAUAGCCCAUCAUGUAACUCAGAUGUUUAAUGCCUUACCCUGAAAUGUAUUAGCUGAACAGCACUACAAGUGUUCUCCACAUCCUUCCAAUUUCUGUCUAAUGAAAUGAGUUCAUAUCAUCAUUAAAAUUAAAAUUUUAUAAUCUCAUGGUAAGAAAAAAAUUGUACAUGAAGUAGUCCUGAUUCCAGGCUAAUACAGAUUUCCUGACACAUGGUUACAGAAAGCUUUGUGAGGUGAAGAUUUAUUGCAAUAUUUUUAUUGCUGAAGCAGAUCUAAUGCCUGCAAAAAUUUGUUGGCAAAAUAAUAAAUGCUGCACUUUUAUUUUAUUUUUUUAGAGUUGUAAACCAGUUCUUUUCAAAUAAUUUCAUCGAGAGAAAAAAGUUGUAUAUACACCAAUAUUUGGGCAUAUAAUCAUAGAGAAGAAAAUAAGGGUUGGAUUAAUUGAAGUGAGUUAUUAUUUUGCCUCUUUCUUUUUAAUAACUGAUUUUUUAAUAUCUGAUGAGCCAUCUGAAAGUAAUCAAUUUCUUGUCAAAAGUGAUGGCUGUUUUGCAAGGCACAUUUUGCAAGUAUGUAAGAUGUUUUAACAGCUUGUGACAGGCUUUAUGAUUUGGGUAUUUUGUCAAGUAUUUUAUUUUUUUAUGUUUUUCCUACCAUUAAAAACAAAUAACUAUAGAAGAAGCUGGCUAGUAGAGGUCCUUAAGUCAUAUAUUUUAUGAAAAAACUCCAAACAAACUACAUUUCAAGGAACUAAACCUAAUUUAAGCAUGCAAUCUGUCACAUGAAUAUUUAAGAAAUGACAUUCAACGCCUUUAUUAGUUCUAACGGUCUUCAGUUAUGUAACAGAGAAAACACAUAGCCAUAAGGGGAAAAAAAAAUCUCUGUGUAAAUUUGUUUUAUUUUGCUUCCAAUGGACAUCUUUAAAACAGAAAUUGUUUUAAAAUAGCCCCAAAAUUGUAAUUUGAAUCACUAUCCUUUUCAGAAGUUGCCUUUUAAGUAUUUUUUACAAGCACAGUUACUUGCACUAGUAUUGGGUGCUUGCCAUUGUCAAUCUGAUG